AUGCCGGAUCAUCAACCUCGACAACAAAACAACACAAUCAUGUGUUUCUACCGCGCCACCGUAUACGAGUGCAAGCACAGCGAACUCGGCAAAAAGGUAACAACAUGCAAGUUGCAAAGGGACCUCCUCAAAUACAUGGAAAACAACACCAGUGACACAUGCAUCGAGCGCCGUGUACACUCGAUGAACUGCGUCCGUAAGGCUGGAGUGUGUGACAAGUGCAAGCGUCUGGACACCCUCAAAGACCGCACGGCAGAUGCGUUCAAGAGCCUGCAGGACACGCUCCGAAAGCGCAAGAUUGUCGAUGACGAUUUUGGGGGUGAUGACACUGGAGCUCUCGAGACCUUUGAAGCUGUCGAGAUCCCCAAGAUUGGACUUGAUUCUGAUGACGAUAGCACUGCAGCUCACGAGAUCUUUGAACUUAUCCCGACUCCUAGGCUUGACAUGAGCCCUGACGAGCCCGAUGACGAGAAUGCAACUUCAUCAAAGGCAGAGACUUCGGUAGCCUUCGAGACCUCGGAAACCUCUGAGACCCAAGAUACCUCCGAGUCUUCCCAAGAAACGGUUGAGGCUAUUGACACGAGCAGGAGGGUUAUCGAAGAUGAGGCUACAGGAGAGCUGCAAAGCUGA